AUGGCUGUGCUCCCUCAAAAAGCUCUACAGAAUGGCCUCAGCAUCAGAAGAGCCACGGCUGGAGAUGUGCCCUUCAUACAAGCCAUAGUCAAUGCCAGCUACUCCAAAUAUAUCGAACGCAUAGGAAAGCCCCCCGCCCCCAUGGUGGCCGAUUACAACGAUUUGCUCAACUCACGCGAUAUUUACGUCCUAGAAUCUACUUCUGAUGACAAGCUCGUCACGAUUGUCGGUUCUAUUGCUCUAGGCAUCGACGUUGAAGCAGACACAAUCAUGGUUAACAAUUUGGUUGUUGAGCCUGCGGCCCAGGGACGAGGCUAUGGUCGUGUUCUUAUGGAUUUUGCAGAACAUGUUGCGAGAGAAAAAGGCAUCGGAUCGAUGGCUUUGUUUACGAAUAUCAAGAUGUAUGAGAACAUUGGGCUGUAUGCUAAGCUUGGGUAUGCGGAGACGGGGAGGAAGACUGAGGAUGGUUAUGAACGAGUGUAUUUUCGCAAGGACUUGAAGUCAACGAACUAG